GCGUCUGCUAACGCUUACGUUAUUGCGCAUGUGCAAGACUUGUUUUCUCGCUCGGAAUCUGUGUGCUUUGUAAGUUGCUUUGUGUUGCAUUUUGACGCAAUACUAAUGAAAACUUUGAAAACUGUUUUGAAUUUCUUUUAAUCUUUUAAUUUUCAACAAUUUGUAAAUGUCUUCCGCUUAUUAAUAGCUCAAUUAAAACAGAAAAAUGAAGAAGAAACUAUUUGAUUCUAAUAUAUGUUUGUGUUGUGUGUGUUGUCAGAAAAUCGAUCAUCGUCGUAGCGACAACUUGAGGAUGAAGAAAGAACAUGACACGAGAAAGAAGCACCGCAUCUCACAUAUGUUUCAACGUAGAGACCUACAAUUUUACAAAUUACCACUCUGAGUUUUCGUUGUUUUAUUAUUGAUUAUGAUUACGCAGAUACUUUGGCCAGGCAAAUAAUGCUCUCCAAGCUUGGAUUUUUAUUGCUUUUCGCUUGUAUAGCGUGUGUUUUACUAUUUCUUACAUUUGCGGGAAGAAGCUUGUCGUCACAGGUUCCAAAAGCGUAUCUGGUGCCUCUUCAGGUCACACACGAGAUACCUAGCAGAUCAUCAGGAGAUGUCAGAAUCAUAAGCGAACCAGAAUCAUGCAAUUCUACCUUCUUGACAUGGAUUGUUACGUCUUACGCAGGCGAUCCUUCAGCCAGAAGCGCUUUGCGCCGAGCGUACGCAGAUGAGGAAUUGCAAGCUCUAGGAAUUAGAAGAAUAUUUUUACUCGGCACGUUAAACAGCGAUGCUGAAAGAAGAACACGUGUGUCACAGGCUGCCUUAGCGGACGAGUCACGAAGAUUCGGCGACGUACUUCAGGGAGACUUUCAGGACACUUAUAGAAAUUUGACUCUUAAGCAUCUGAUGGGUCUUCGGUGGGCGACUGAAAACUGCAAAUAUGUUAGAUACAUCAUGAAAAUGGACGACGAUAUAGUUGUUAAUCUCUAUGAGAUAGUGGAAAAGAUACGUUCAGGUAUAACAGAAAAGAAUUCCUUAACUGGUUACAUUCUGAAGAACAUGAUUCCCGUACGAGAACCAGCUAAUAAAUGGUAUGUAAGUAAGACGGAGUACGCGGGUAAUGUUUAUCCCGAUUUCGUCUCCGGUUGGCUAUACAUUACUGAUCCGUCAGUGGCGAGUCGACUGAUCAAUCGCGCUGACUCUUCCCCAGAAUAUUUUUGGAUAGACGACGUGUUUGUUACCGGCAUCCUGAGACAAGCUCUAAAUAUUAAAAUCCAAAACAUCAGUGAGUUGUACACGACGGAUUACAGAUAUUUGGAAUGUUGUAUAAAGGGUAGACAAAAUUUGUUAAAAUGCGAAUUCUCGAUCGGUCCUAACGGUGGCAACGUAGAAUUGCAAGUAAAAUUUAAAGAAUUUGCGAAUUUCUGUCGUACGAAUUGUUCUGCUCGCACGGAAAGUAAUCUUGUCGGAAAAACGUGCGUGGCGACAUACAAAGAACCAAAGUUGCAUAACGGCGCUGUUCAGAUAAGCCAUAUUCAAAUUUUGUAAAAACGAGUAGGUAGGUAAUAACCAUUGAGACGACUAGUGAAGACUUUCUUAGAACAAAUAUUUAUUUUGUUUUGUUUCUUAACGACUAGUGGGCUACCAAUACCCAAUAUGUCAUUCUACAAGAAUAUAUGUUUAUAUUUUUAUAUAAAAUUUAUAUAUUUUUUACAAUGUGUGUUUGUAUCGUGUAAAUAAAAUGAUUGUGUAGUAAUUGUUUUGUUUUUUUAUGUAGUGAUAUUGUAACAGUUGUCUAAGAAACUUAUGUUUUGUACAAUCUUGUCUGUGUGAUAUACGGUACGUAUCAAACAAUUGUACGCAACAAGUUCUACUCUGAACGUUAGUCAAUUUAUUUAAGUUGAAACUCUUGAGAUCGUGAAAAUAUUAACAGCGUUUCUGCCGAAAAGAGAGUUAUAUCGAAAAGUAAUUAUCUGUUUAUUUUUGUGCUGGCAAAUUUGGACAAAUGUUAUUAAGAUUUGUGUUUCAGUUGCAUGACUAACACAAGUCUUGCAGUACCGCAUAUCACACAGACAAGCAAGACUGUAAUAUUGUACAAAAACAUAAGUCUCUUGGAUAAUUGUUACACACAACACAUCACUACAU